CCCGCCCCCUGCGCGCUUGCGCACUCGUGCCGAGAUAGGCACUCUAGAAGCCCGACACAGUAGACUUGAGGGCUGGGCGGUCCUCAGAGCCAGUGGCGGCCGGAGUGCGCGGACUGCUUUUCUGAAGGACUGGAUUCCGCGGACCCGACUCGGGGCCUGGCUGUAAGAGGGAAGUCGGAGGUGGAGCCCCAGAAUAAAGGUCCCCUGCAGAGCGCUGGAACCAGAUUCAGGGCUGGCCUGUGGGGACGGAACGACCCCUUGGACCGAAGAAGACGCAGUGGGCCGUCCCAGGCGCCCUGCCAGUCUCCAGAGAAGGCCUUCGAAGUGAAACGAAUCGCUGCCGCGCCUCUAAAAGCCAGGUUCUGUCUCUAGCUUCUAUGGACUCAGCUUCUCCAGCAAGUGAUCUUUGAGGAAAACUAACCAGUUCUUGCAACUCUAAAAUCAUGGCUCAUCAUUUGGUGAUGUUCAGAGAUGUGGCUGUAGACUUUUCUCAGGAAGAGUGGGAAUGCCUGAACUCAUAUCAGAGGAAUUUGUACAGAGAUGUGAUAUUAGAGAACUAUAGCAACUUGGUGUCAGUGGGGUGUACCAUUUCUAAGCCAGAUGUGAUUACCCUACUAGAGCAAGGGAAAGAACCCUGGAUGGUUGUGAGGGAUGAGAGAAGAAGAAGGAGCCUAGAUUUAGAAGCCAGAUAUGACACUAAAAAGUUAUUUCAAGAAAAGGAUAUUUGUGAAAUGAAUUUAUCUCAGUGGGAGAUAAUGGGAAGAAUUAGAAGUUGUGGCCUUGAAAACUCCUUUAUCAGAAAAGAUUAUAAAUAUGAGAAGUUUGAGGGACAAGAACACCUUCAAGAGGGAUAUUUCCGGCAAGUGAAAAAAACCACCUCUGAAAAAAUGCCCACUUACAGAAAACUCACUUCUCUUACUCUGUAUCAGAGUAUCCAUAAUAGAGAGAAACCCUAUGAAUGUGGGGAUUGCGGGAAGGCCUUUAGAGUACGCCAACAACUUACUUUCCAUCAGAGAAUUCACACUGGCGAAAAACCCUAUGAAUGUAAAGAAUGUGGAAAAGCCUUUAGACAGUGUGCCCACCUUAGUCGACAUCAGAGAAUUCAUACUUCUGACAAACUCCUUGAAUGUAAAAAAUGUGGAAAGAUCUUUACAUGUGGUGCAGAUCUUCGAGUACAUCAGAGAACUCAUAUUGGUGAGAAGCCCUAUGAAUGUAAGGAAUGUGGGAAGGCCUUUAGAGUAAGAGGACAACUUAAUCUUCAUCAAAGGAUUCAUACUGGUGAGAAACCCUAUGAAUGUAAGGAAUGUGGGAAGACCUUUAGACAGUAUGCACACCUUACACGACAUCAGAGACUUAAUAUUGCUGAGAAGUGUUAUGAAUGUAAGGACUGUGGGCAGGCUUUUUUGUGUAGUACAGGCCUUAGAGUACAUCACAAACUUCAUACUGGUGAAAAACCCUAUGAAUGUAAGGAAUGUGGAAAGGCCUUCAGGGUGCGGCAACAACUCACUCUCCAUCAGAGAAUUCAUACUGGUGAGAAACCCUAUGAUUGUAAAGAAUGUGGAAAGACUUUUAGUCGUGGCUAUCAUCUCACUCUCCAUCAGAGAAUUCAUACUGGUGAGAAACCUUACGAAUGUAAGGAAUGUCGGAAGUUCUUCCGUCGUUACUCAGAACUUAUUUCACAUCAGGGUAUUCAUAUUGGAGAGAAACCCUAUGAUUGUAAGGAAUGUGGGAAGACCUUUAGACUGUUCUCACAACUUACCCAACAUCAGAGUAUUCAUUUUGGUGAGAAACCUUAUAAAUGUAAGGAAUGUGAGAAGACUUUUAGACUGCUAUCACAACUUACUCAACAUCAGAGUAUUCAUACUGGUGAGAAACCCUAUGACUGUAAGGAAUGUGGAAAGGCCUUUAGACUUCAUUCAUCACUUAUUCAACAUCAGAGAAUUCAUUCUGGUGAAAAACCAUACAAAUGUAAGGAAUGUAAAAAGGCAUUUAGACAACAUUCACAUCUUACUUACCAUCAGCGAAUUCAUAAUGUAACUAAAUAAUUUAGGAAAGCCUUCCACUGUGAAUUUUGUGUUAAGGGGCAUUAGAAAAUAAAUUUUAGGGGAAAAGUUUUUGAAUAUAGGAAUCCCUUUUGCUUCGUGCUUACAGCUAACCUAAAUAGGUUUUCUUUGAAGGAAAGGAUAAAUUUCAUGAAUUUUUAGAAGCCUUUACUCAUCAUUAAAAACUAUGUUAAACUUUGGGAAAUGUGUUCUAGAAAGAAACUCUUUUUUAAAGGAGUGAAUAUAGAAGAGCUUUUAAUCUUACCUAUCAUCGCCUCUAUUUUUCCCAUCUGUAUAAUAUAUCUAUGAAGGUUGCUAGGGCACUAUCUCAUUCCAAAAACUGAUAAUUGAAAGGAAAAUCAUUUAGCCUGCAUUUCCUGUUGAACUGUAUUUUAGAGUAACUAGAAGUUGAUGAGCUAAAGUUCUUUAUUGAGAAUUUUGCAGCACAUAAUGAAAUAAUGGAUCUAGGCACAAUUCUCAGUGGAGGUUAAGACCAGUAGAUACCCAUUGAUGAAUUUUAAUCUCAAAAUAGGACAAAACAUUUUGUGCCCCCUAAUAAGUUACAGUAAGACAUACACAUGUUGCCAAAAAAAUAUUGAACUAAAUCUAAGCAUCAAGAUCUAACUCCCAGUUUAGGGAAGAAUCACAGAACAGAAAGAAGAACAUGACACAAGAAGAAGCAAUGAAACAAAUUUAAAAUGUGGGUAAUUCCACAAGAGAAAUGACCUGCCUUCAAAUUCAAUAAAAUAGCAUUGAAAAAAGGGAGGUGGAACUCUUAAAUAUUAAGAGUCUGAAGAAAUGUAUAUCAAUCAAAUGCAGUGAACUAGAUCACAAGUUGAACAAAUAUGUAAAAAGGACAUUUUUAUGACAGUUGGGGAAAUGGGAAUAUUGACAGAUAAUACUAAGAAAUUAUGUUUUUGUUAGGUAGCAUCGUAGUUAUAUAAAAAUGUUAGAGAUAAGUUUAUACACAUAAGAUGGUAUGAUGUCUGGAACUUUUUAAAAGUGCUCAUGCAGGGCACCUGGGUGGCUCAGUCGGUUGAGCAACUGACUUUGGCUCAGGUCAUGAUCUCACAGUUUGUGAGUUCGAGCCCGAUGUCGGGCUCUUUGCUGACAGCUCGGAGCCUGGAGCCUGCUUUGGAUUCUGUGUCUCCCUCUCUCUCUGCUCCUCCUCUGCUCGUGCUCUGUCUCUCAAUAAUAAAUAAAUGUUAAAAAAAAUUUUAAAAAAAGUGCUCAUGCAAAAGAAAAGGAUAAGCUUGUUAAAGUGAUGGUAAGAUAAGUCUUGAGUACAUAGUUUUUAUUUUGUUCUUGCUAUUUUCUUUACUUUUAUGUAUUUGAAUUUUUCCAUAAUAUUAUUUUAAAGAUAAAAUUAGCUCUGGAAUUUUAACCAAAUUGAAGUAAAUGAUUUUUUUAAAUGACUGCAUAUCAAAAUUUCUGGGUGUUGUCAAAGUUCUGCACAUUGGGAUAUUAAAUAUGCUAUACUGUAUUUGGGAAAUACAGAUGGAAGAUCCAAAUUUUAUCUAGUUCACCUAUUGCUACCUCUGUUACCAUGCCUGUCCCACAGUACUUCAUAUGUUUAAAGAAUGAGUUUAAAAAGCAGUUACUAGAACUAAAUGUGGAAAUUAAUGGACUAGACCUUCAUUGUCAAAUAAGAUAGUUGCCAGCAACAUGUUGAGCACUCAAAAUUGAGCACUUGAAUUGUGGCUAGUUCAAAUUAAAAUGGUGUUAGGUGUAAAAUACACAUGAGGUUUUGAAGAUUUCGUUUUUAAAAGAAUGUAAUGUAUAUUGUUUCUCACAGUGUUUCUCUGCUGGGAUAUUCAGUGGGAUAUUCAGAACCCAAUUUAAGUGUCUUUCUGCUUCCAAGUGGCAUGUUUGCAUACUGAGGUCUUGGUUCUACCCUGAAUCAUCCUUUGUUUUCCUCCCCUUCAUGAAGGUAGCCCGUGUUUAUAGCUGAAUAGUUUUCUAAGACUGUUUUUAGCCUGUAGAUGUCUUGGGAUCCCAAGGCCCUUUCACUUUGUACUAUUUCUGUCCCAUUAGGUUCAAGCUUGCAGCGCUUCAAGUAGUACCAUUGUCUUAAAAAACGUAUUUUCUUUUUUUUUUUUUUUAAUUUUAAAAAAUUAUUAUUUUGAGAGCGUGCACACAAGCAGGGGACGGGCAGAGAGAGAAGGAGAGAGAAUAACAAGCACGCUCUGUGCUAUCAGCAUGGAGACCAUCACCAGGCUCCAUCUCAACACUAAGAUCAUGACCUGAGCUGAAAUCAAGAUGUGGUGUUGAUCUUCAACUGAGCCACCCAGGCACCCCUAAAAACUGUAUUUUCUAUGAAUUUUAUUAGGGUUCACUCAAAGAAUCAACAGGCUCUUCUCUAUUAGGUUCCCUAGGAGGCUGCUGUAGAAAAAUGAGUUUGAAAUUGUUAGAAGCCCUAGUAUUUCACAGGAAAGAUAAAAGUUGGGUUCAUCAUUAUUUGGAGGCUAUAUUUUCAGGACAGCACUAUAUAUUUGAUUCCCACCCCCACCCCAGGCCCAUUAUAACUUUGAAAACCCUUUGCUCUCUGGAAACACUGCCAUGGAACCCUCUAUGUUUCCUUGAGAUUUAUUUGAAAUAUGCAGCAAUUGAUAGGAGUAAAAUGUGAUUUUUCUCUUUUGCUAUGUUAUGAUGGAUUACAUUUAUGAAUUUUCAAAUAUCGAUCAAGACUUACAUCACUGGAAUAAGCUCCAUUUGUUUUUAGUGUACAUUUUGUAUGUAGUACAUAAAUACAUUGCUGGAUUUGCUGAGAUUGCUAUGAUGUGCUAAUAUUUUGAGGAUUUUUUUUUUUUUUUUAGGAUCUUUGUAUCUAUAUUCAUGAGGAAUACUAGUUUGUAGUUUUCUUGUAUUCUACUGUCUUUGCCUCAUUUUGUUAUCAAGGUGAUUAUGGCCUCAUAAAAUGAGUUUCACAGAAUUGCUUCCUUUCCAUUUCUGGUAGAGGUAGUGUUGAAUUGUUAAUUAUUCUUCAAAUGUUUGGUAGGAUUCCCAGUGAAGCCAUUUGGGCCUUGAAAUUCAUGUGUCCACAUCCUAACCCCCAAUAUAAUGACAUUAGGAAGUGGAGCCUUUUGGAGGAAAUUAAGUUACAAUGGUGGAUCCCUCCUGAUUGAGAUUAGUCCCCUUGUAAAAGGGAUCCCAGAGAGCUCUCUUACAUUUUUGUGCCAUCUGAGGAUACAAGAAAAUGGCAGUCUUUACUCUGGAAGACAGUUCUUGCCAGAAACUAACCAUGCUGGCACACUGAUGUCGACUUCAGCCUCAAGGAUUGUGAGAAAUAAAUUGCUGUUGUUUAUAAACCACCCCAUCUAUUGUACUGUGUUAUAGCAGACUGAAAUGAAUGAGACAGAUAUUGGUACCAGAAGUGGGGUGCUAAUGUAACAAAUAGCUAAAAAUGUAGAAGUGGCUUUGGAAUUGAGUAAUAGGUAAAAGCUGGAAGAGUUUUUAGAUGCAUGCAAAAAAUAAAGACAUUAAUGGUGAUUUUGGUGAUAUCAGAAAAGAGCUGAAGAGAAAACUUCAACCUUAGAGAAUACAUUAUCGACAGAAUGUUCAUAGAAAUGAAUGGUAAAGGCAGUACAGAUGAAGUCUCAGGUGGAAGUGAGGAACAUAUUGGAAACCGGAGGAAGGCAGUUAUUUUAUAAAGUGACAAAGAACUUGGUGAAAUUGCAUUCCAUUCUAGUGUUUUGUGGAAAGUAGAACUUGUAAACAAUAAUGAAGUUGAAGGUGUGGCUUGGCUCCUGGCUGAUUAUAAAAAAAUGCAAGUAGAGAGAAAUUACUUAACAAUGGAAUUUUUCAAACGAGAUUUGGGAAAUUCUCAGCUGAAUAGUUAAGUAAUGUUAAAGUGAGAGUAUUGAUUGGGAAAGAAUGGGAUCCUGUAAGAUGGUAUGGGGACAAGUGGGAAGGCUCUGACGUAGCUGUGACAUUGAGCUCCUAUAUUCUGAGUCUUCUUCCCAGUAGAAGCAGCCUCAUCAGCAGAGGUGGCCUUUCCAUCCCUAGUGGCAGUGGCAUCCCCACCCACAGUGACAUCAGCCUUUCCAUGUCCAUCUGAUGGAAUUAACUAUGCAUUGCAUGAGGAAACUAAUGACCUCCCUUGAGGUAGUGGCCAUGCAAGACAAUGCUACUUCUCAGAAACCCCCAUAACCACCCCCUUUUGUUUCUAGACCCAUCACUAGACUCUGUCCCAGCAGGCUCCUAAAAGUGCAGUGCAAAGUGUGACCCAUGAGGAGGGGUGCUACAGUCCAAAAGAACUACCUGAGUUUUCUAACUUAGAAAUCCAGGGAACAAGUGUGGAAAUGGAUACUAAGUGUGUGGCAUUGUAGUGGAAGGAACAUGAUUGGAAAUUUGGACAAUGAAAUCUGGGAGAGAGGUAGGUGGGUAGACCUCUCUGAAUUAGGGCAAAAAAAUUGAAGAUACCUGUGUCCCAUAUAAAUGAGUGACCUCAGCAAAGGAGGAUUUUAAUAAUCAAGUGGACAGGAUAGCCCAUUCUGUGGUUAAUAGUUUCUUUCCCCAGCCACCCUGGUUCAAUGGACCCAUGAACAAAGUGGCCAUGAUGGCAGGGAUGAAGGUAAUGCAUGUGAUCAGCAACAUGGACUUCCACUCACCAAGGCUGACCUGGCUAUGACCAUUGCUGAGUGCUCAAUCUGCCAGAAGCAGAGACAAUACUGAGCCCCCCAACAUAACACUAUUCCUUGAGGUGUUCAGCUAGCUACUGGAAGCAGGUUGGUUACCUUUGAUCACUUCCAUCAUAGAAGAGGCAGCGUUUUGACCUUACUGGACUAGAAACUUAACUCUGGAUAUGGAUUUACUUUCCCUGCAUGCCAAGCUUCUGAUAAAACUACCAUCCAUGGACUUAGAGAAUGCCUUAUCCACUGUCAUAGUAUUCCUCCUGGCAUUACUUCUCAUCAGUUACUACUAAUUUGAUGAUAGACUGGUGCUUGGCAUGUAAUUUUUAUAUCAUCCUGACUUGUGAAGGGGAAUAAUUAACUGAGGCUGGAAAAUUUUUCAAUUUUUACACUCUUAUUUAUUGAAUAAUUUCUUCCCUUAUCAUCGUGUCCUGUUGUCUGCUUCUGAAAUACGUGUGUGUGUGUGUGCGUGUGUAUGUAUAUGUAUAAUAUAUAUUUAUAUACAUGUAAAUAUAGCAUUGCAGAGACAGGAAAAUGGCAUAGAAUAUCCAUUAUAAUUUUUUUAUUGUUGCUGUUUUAAUGUCCUUUAAUAUAUAUUAGUAUUGUAUCCUUCUAAACAUUUUUACCUUUGCUCUUUAUAAAUAACUUUCUAUAAAAAUUGAGAAAAUAUACAGAAACAUAAUGAAAAAAAAUCAAGAUCACUUCUAUUUUCCUUUCUACCAAAGAAAAUCCGUUAAGCUGCAAGGUGUUAUACUGUAUCCUAUUCAGACAGGGUACUUAAAAAGGAAAAUAAAAAUUGAAAUCUUUACAAUAUUAGAUCUUCCAUGCAUUAAAACUAAUUUAACUCUGUUAGCAUAGAGCUGUCAGCACAGAGCCUGAUGUGGGGCUCAAACUCAGGAACUGUGAGAUCACGACCUGAGCCAGAGUCGGAUACUUAACCAACUGAGCCACCCAGGCGCCUCUAGUCGUUACACUUUUAGAUAAAGAGCUUACAAAUUCCUUGCUUUGUUCAAUCAUAGAUGCAUUAUACAUUUUGUUGAUUUCAUGACUGGAAAUGUUUUGUUACAGUCUCUAAUCAUUAUUGAUAUAUAAGAAAGCUAUUGAUUUUUGUAUGAAGAUUGCAACCUUGUCACCUUAUUUCUGUCGUUUGGUUAUUUUGUCUUUUUGUUGGAUUAUAGCUUCCAGGAAUACAUUCAGAGAAGGUUUCUUAAAUGCCUAAUUUAUUUCAUUGAUGCUUAAAUGAGAGUUUGGCACAGUCUGGAAAUUGGUACGAAUUGUUUUUCUCUCUGAAUUUGAUGAUUUACUCCAUUGUCUUCCUACAUGAAUAUAAUCUGUGAAAGUAUAAUGUUAAUGUAUUUCUUAUUCUUAUGUAUGUAAACUGUUUUUUAAAUCUUUCUUGAAACUUUCAGUAUUUUUUAAAACUUAUUUUUGGUAUUUCAGGUAUUACUAUUUUACUUAAUUUUUUCAAAGCCAUCACUUUUAGAACCAGUUAUUUUAUUUACCAUUUUAAAGGAAAGAAAACACUGAAUUAAACUAUGCUAUGUCACUGAUAUUAAGAUGCAUUCUGGUCUCACAGAUGUUAAAAUCAAAAUGUGUACCAGAAUUAAUGAUAAUUGGAAUUUUAUUAACUUGCUAGGGCUCUCUCAAAUUGAGUAGUUAACAUCCUUCUUGGUUUUGAGGUUACUUUCAUUGAUUACUAGUUCAAACAUUACCUCUCCUCAAUUAUUUCUAUUAUCUUCUGGGGCUUCUUUUAAAUGGAUGGUGGAAUUUCUACUUCAAUCUUUUAUGUCAAGUUUUAUUCUAAUACUUUGCAUCACUUUGUUACAUUUGGUUCCUCUGACCUGUAUAGCAAUGAAAUCUGGCUUCCUAAUUCACAAUUCAGCUGUAUGCAUUCUGUUUUUCAGUCCAUUAAGGUUUUUUUUUUAACUUUUUUACUUGAAAAUAAUUAUAGGUACACAGGAAUCUACAGAAAUGGUACAUUUCACCAAGUUUCCAUCAGUGGUCACAUCUUACAUAAAGUACAAUAUCAAAACAUGGAAUUUGACAUUAAUAUGACAUAUAUAUGUAGUUACAUGUCAUCAUGAGUAUAAGUAUAGAUUCGUGUAAUCACUACUGCACUAACGAUACAGAACUAUUCCAAUACAAAGAUCUCUCUUAUGCUGCCUCUUUAUAAUCACACCUGCACUUCACCUACCAUCACUAAUCCCUGGAAACCAUUAAUCUGUUUUAGAUCUCUAUAAUUUUUUGUUGAAGUUGCAUAAAUAGAAUCAUACAGUAUGUGACCUUUUGAGACUGGCUUUCAGAACUCAAUGUUUUUGAGAUCUAAGUUGUCACAUCUAUCAAUAGUUUGUUCCUUUUUAAAUGCUGAUAGCUCAGAGCCUGGAGUCUGCUUUGGAUUCUGUGUCUCUGUCUCUCUCUGCCCCUCUCCAGCUCACGCUGUCCCUCUCACUGCCUCUCAAAAAUAAAUAAACAUUUAAACAUUUUUUAAAAAAAGAAUGAAAUCUUGCCAUUUGCAACAACGAUGAAACAAGUGUAUUAUGCUAAGCAAAACAAGUCAGAGAAAGACAAAUAUGAUUUCACUCAUAUGUGGAAUUUAAAAAACAAAACAGGUGAACACAGGGAGGGGAAAAAAGGUAAAAAGAGAGAGGGAAGUAAACCAUAAGAGACUUUAAAAUACAGAGAACAAACAGGUUUGCCGGGGUGGGAGGGUGGGCUAAAUAGGUGAUGAGCAUUAAGGAGAGCACUUGUUGGGAUGAGCACUAGGUGUUACAGAGAAGUGAUGAAUCACUGGGUUCUACUCCUGAAACCAAUACUACACUGUAUGUUAACUAAUUUUAAAUAAAUUUAAGGGACGGCUAGGUGGCUCAGUCAGUUAAGCGUCUGACUUCAGCUCAGGUCACGAUCUCGUGAUUUGUGAGUUCAAGCCCCGUAUAGGGCUCUGUGCUGACAACUCAGAGCCUGGAACCUGCUUCAGGUUCUGUGUCUCCCUUUCUCUGUCUCUGCCCCUCCCCGCCCACACUCCAUCAGCCUCUGUCUCUCUCAAAAAUAAACAUUAAAAAGUAUUUUUAAUAAAUUUUUAAAAUACUACUGUUAAUACAAAAACUAUAGGCUAAUAUUCCUGAAGAAUAUAGAUGCAAAUAUUCUUAGCAAAAUAUUAACAAACGAAAUUCAACAGCACGUUGAAAGGAUCAUACACCACUAUCAAGUGGGAUUUCUCCUUGGGAUGCAAGAAUGGAUGAGCCUAAAUGUCCAUCAACUGAUGAAUGGAUAAAGAAAUUAUGGUUUAUAUAUACAAUGGAAUACUAUUUGGCAAUGAGAAAGAAUGAAAUAUGGCCUUUUGUAGCAACGUGGAUGGAACUGGAGAGUGUUAUGCUAAGUGAAAUAAGUCAUACAGAGAAAGACAGAUACCAUAUGUUUUCACUCUUAUGUGGAUCCUGAGAAACUUAACAGAAGACCAUGGGGAAGGGGGAAAAAAAAAAGGGAGGGAGCCAAACCAUAAGAGACUCUUAAAAACUGAGAAUAAACUGAGGGUUGAUGGGGGGUGGGAGGGAGGGGAAAGUGGAUGAUGGGCACUGAGGAGGGCACGUGUUGGGAUGAGCACUGGGUGUUGUAUGGAAACCAAUUUGACAAUAAAUUUCAUAUAAAAAUUAAACGUUUUAAAAAAUUACAAAAAAAGAAUGGAUUAACUUGCAAAUCAAUAAAUGUGUUAUACCACAUUAAUUGAAUGAAGGUUAAAAAUAUGAUCACCUUAUAUGAAGAAAAAGUGAUAAAGUUUAACAUCCUUUCAUAUUGAGAACUUAAAAAAAACUGGGUAUGAAAGAAAUAUAUAUCAAAAUAAUAAAGGCCAUAUUUGACAAACUCACAGCUAACAUCCUAUUUAACACUGAAAGGCUGAAUGUUUUCCCUCUAAGAUCAAGAACAAAACAGAGUGCCCAUGCUCACCACCUAUUCAUAUAGUACUGGAAGUUCUAGCCAGACUCAUCAAUACAAUAAAUAAAAUAAAAUAAAAAAUAAAAUAAAAUA